UGGUAUGAAAAUGUUUUUUCCAAUAUGCGAUUGCUGAGUGGACACGUUCCUGCUCCCGCUUCCAUCACUUUCGCCACUACAACUGCCACCUCUGCUAUUACUCCCACUAUAUCUACUAAUACAACAUCGAGCAUAAUCGAAAUAAGCGAUAAUGCCAGCGUCGGCGAUGUGGACAAUGACGACCCUGUAUCGCUAACAACAACUUCAAAUAACGAGAAUGCCAGCAGUGUUAUUGUCGAUAGAGAAGCCGAUCUUUUACGACGAGAGCUACAGAUGCAGAGAAACCGACAGCAGCGUCGUGAGCUGGCCCUCCGCAUGCAGCAGUUAGACGACGAGUAUGAAGACGAAACAAAUAUGUAUCGUUAUCUCAUUCCUGCGAAUCUGAAUGAACAAUUUAAGGUUUUAUCCCUUCUCUCUCUAUCUUUUUCUCUAUAGUUUUUUUUCCAUUAGAUCUCUCUUUACUUUUUUUCUCCCUUCUUGUUUUAUCAAAUUUCUUUAAUGUUUAUUCCACCAUUUCUUCAUCAUUUUUCAAACUAUAAUAUAUUAUCCGAUCAUCAACUU